GUAUACUAGGAUUUUCUUGGAGUUUUCACUGAAGAUAUUUUGUUCGCGUUACGGCGUUAGUGAAUAUAACUACACGUUAGCUUGGGGAAUUGUAGCAAACUGUGUAAAAAUGCUGACACGCCAACUACCCAGACUAGUUCAACAAACAGUGCGCCGCUAUGGCCACGACUCGCACUUCAAGCCGGCGACGAUGGAUGAACUGCCAGUACCCCGCGGCUCAUGGCAGGCGCACUACGACGCCAACCAACGCCGAUUCAACACUGCACUCAUCGUGGGCAUUGCUUUCACUGUUGGCACUUUCAUUGUGGCCAAGACCAGUGGACUGGUAUACCUCAACUACUCUCCACCCAAGAGCAUUGACUAAAUAUUUAUUUAACACAAGAAUAUAGUUAAUCAAAUCAAACCAUAGUUCUUUAAUUAAAAAAGCUUACAUCUUUAAAUA